AUGGGAUUGCUGGGCCCUUCUAUAGAUGAAUUACGGAAGCAAGAAAUUAAAGAAAGAUUCAAUAUGGGGACUGUGUUGAGGAUUGGCUUUCAUGCUUUGCAGGCAGUCGCAUUUGUUCAUUGUUCAUAUUUUGUCCAUCAAGAUAUCAAGCCUAGCAAUUUUGCCAUUGGAGUAAACAACACCAGACGAAUCUAUCUAUUCGAUUUUGGGCUUUCUAGAGCACUUAAAAAACGUGGCGAUAUGGAAUUGCGUACAAUGAGGGAAGAUGUUUCAUUCCGAGGAACUUCAGGAUAUUGCAGCUUGAACGUACACAACAGAAUGGAACAUGGAAGGCACGACGACCUAUGGUCAAUCUUCUACAUGCUUGCAGAACUGAAAACUGGCGAUCUUCCAUGA